AUGCAGGGAGAUGUACGCAAUGCCGCAAUGAAUGGAACCCAUGAGGGGCAGAUUGAGAAGAGCAUUGUUGCCGAUUUGCGAGCGCUGAAGCAUGUCGAGUUCAAGAGCGCGACUUUGAAGACCUUCAUCGCAGAACUUACCGCCGGGGAAGUGCCGAUGGGCGCGUCCCGACAAGCGCGGAGUGUGAAGAAGCGAAACAGAAUCCGGCCGGCUCCCAGGCACGCCAGUCAAGGUCAACACAGCUUGACGGAAAUGGUGCUUGACGGACUGCAAAUUGAGCUGGAGCGCAUGUGCGCUUCCUCUCGUUCAAGUCAGCCUGGUGCUGUGGGAAGGAUCUCCAUGAAGCCAGCGAUGCCUCCGAUGUCAGCGAUUCUAAGCAUGCCCUGUUAG